CACAUUUUCCUGAUCUCUGCUGGGUUCUGCUUCCACACUGACUAUGGCUUUCUCUGCUACUUGGGCUUUGGCUGAAUAAAGCCCAUUCAAGACUGCUUAGAACACACACACACAUCUAAAAUGCCUUUGUCUCCUCUCCCCAGUAAACAUGUCCUGACAGAAGAUAUCGUGUACCGGAAAGUGACAGAAGACCAGAAGCUGCUUUCCAGGCGGCUCCUAACUAAGACCAACAGGAUGCCCCGCUGGGCAGAGCGCUUCUUUCCAGCCAAUGUUGCUCACUCUGUCUACAUCCUAGAAGAUUCCAUUGUGGACCCACAGAACCAAACUAUGACCACAUUCACCUGGAACAUCAACCAUGCACGUCUUAUGGUGGUGGAAGAACGCUGUGUUUACAAAGAGAACCCAGACAACAGUAGCUGGACAGAAGUCAAGCGGGAAGCUUGGGUCUCCUCCAGCCUAUUUGGUGUCUCACGUGCAGUCCAGGAGUUUGGUUUGGCCAGGUUCAAAAGCAACGUGAGCAAGAGCACCAAAGGAUUUGAGUAUAUCCUGGCCAAAAUGCAAG